UUGUUCCUUUUUCCUCCUUUUUGGGUCAACGUUCAUCUUCUUCUUCAGAAAACCCAAACUCGUGGGUAUUAUUCAUCACUCUAGAAGUCUGAUUUCGAAAGCUCAAAUCAGCAAACUUUCUUCAUCAAAGUUGUUCGUCUGUUCGAAUACUAUAUCAUACCCAAACAUGAGCAUCAUCAGACGGGUCUAGCUACCUCGAACCGGCUAUGAAAUUUCUGUGUUCAUCCAUGGCUGGUUGUUCCUCAGUUGACAACUAUGACAUAUCCAAAAAUCAGAGCAAUCCAACUACUCUAGCUAUGUCUGUGAUGACAAUACUUCCUUCAUGAAGGUUGUUCAGAAGUCUUUUCGGCAGUGGUACACCUGAAACAAGCUUUUGUUAGUUUUCAAGUGUUGUUUGAGUUGGUUAUUUCUCUUUGGCAGCUUCACCCAGGAUUUCGGACCAAUAUUAAGUCUUCGUAGGUAGUUGUUGUUGUAUGGCGUUAGUGGUAUACUGAGCAUUCGGAUUGCGGAUAGUGCUAAUUUGCCGCUUACUCCAGGUGUGGAAUCGCUUGCAACAGUUUCAUUUGGUUUGAGAAUUUCCUUAGUCUCUGCCGGCUUUAUAUAAAAAGGCAACAGAAAAUGGAGGAGAUUGUUACUUCAAUUGCAUCUAAAAUUGUAGAAGAACCAGUGGCACUAAUUGGGAGACAACUCAGCUAUCUAAUUUACUAUGAUUCCAACAUAGAAAGUCUGAAGGAUGCACUUAAAAAGCUUGAUGACAAGAAAAAUGAUGUUCAAAGAUCUGUGGAUGCUGCAAAAAGGAAUGGUGCAACCAUCAAAGAUCAAGUUCGGAGUUGGCUGGAGGAUGUAAGCAAUAUAUUUCAUGAAGCGGAAGAACUUCAAACCAAACUCAACGUGCAAACGUGGUACCCAAGUUUGAAAUCGCGGUAUUCUCUGAGUAGGAAAGCCAAGAAGAUUGCUCUGGCUGUACUUGAUCUCAAACUAGACCAAGAACUGAGUAAAAAUGUUGCCAAUCCUUCACCUCUGCAACAGCUAGGGUCAAUAAUCUCUAGUGACGAUUUUCAGCAUUUUGAAUCCAGAAAAGCAGUCAUGAAUGAUGUGCUUAUAGCUUUGAGGAAUGAAAAGUCAAGAAUAAUUGGGAUAUGCGGGAUGGGAGGUGUGGGUAAAACCACAAUGGUGAGAGAAAUCAGAGAAAUCAUCAAGAGAUUAGAAGGAACGAAUAAGCUAUUUGAUGAGGUUGUGCUGGCAACUGUAUCCGCAACUAUAAACAUUAAGACAAUUCAAACUGAAAUUGCAGAAUCAUUAGGCAUGAAAUUCAUCGAGGAAAGUCAAUCUAUAAGAGCAGAAAGGCUACAUGAGAGAAUCAAGCAGGAGAAAAUCCUGAUUAUAUUGGAUGAUGUAUGGUCAGAGCUUAAAUUAAAGGAUGUAGGAAUCCCUGUUGGUGUUGGACCUACAACUAAUCAAGUUCAUGAAGGGUGCAAAAUUUUGUUGACAUCUCGAAAUGAAGAAGUUUGUAAAACAAUGGGGUGCAAAGACAACAUUUUUAGAGUCCAAGCCUUAAAUAAAGAAGAAGCAUGGGAGCUUUUCAAGGCGACUGUAGGUGAAUCCUUGGACAAUAAUAAUCCUCAUUUGCUUCAUGUUGCAAAAAUGAUUGCAGAUGAAUGCAAAGGUUUACCCAUUGCCAUCAUAACCAUCGGGAAAACACUAGUCUCAAUUGACAAGAAUGAAUGGGAUACUAUCCGUGACCAACUGAAAAAUUCUCUCCCAGAAAUCAUCCCUGGAAUGGAACACAGUGUUUAUUCUUGCAUAAAACUAAGUUACGAUAAAUUGGACAGUGAUGAAGUCAAGUCAUGCUUUUUACUUUGUUGCUUAUUUCCAGAAGAUUAUGAUGUUCCGAUUGAGUAUAUGGUGAGGUAUGGGUUGGGUCGAGCAAUUUUUGAAAACGUCAAUACGAUUGAAAAAGCAAGAAAGAGAGUGCACUUUUUCGUUGGACAACUAAAAAGAAGGUUUUUGUUGCUGGAUAGUGAAAAGGAAGAAUGUAUCAAAAUGCAUGAUAUAGUUCGUGAUGUUGCUAUAUCAAUUACCUCAAAAGAUCCUCACAGAUUUAUGGUAAGAUCAUUCGAUGCAGAAGGUGGAGGUGGAGGAUGGCCGGGAGUACAAAAAGCAACAAACCAAGAACAUUGCAGUGCAAUUUCAUUAAUUGAUGUUAAAUUGGAUGAAAAUAUUACUGAUGGUUUGGAGUGCCCCAAACUUGAGCUUCUGCAACUGAAAAAUUCCUCAAGUAGUUCAGAAUAUUCCAACCACUUUAAAAGAAUGAAAGAACUCAAGGUUUUAUCUUUCUUAGAGGUGAAUAUGUCAAGCUAUUUGGCCUCGGAAAAAUCUCUACUGCUUGGAGAACCCAAGUACCUUCAUACCUUGUGUCUAGAGGAUUGCAAUUUGGGAGACAUAUCCCAUGUUAUUGGAGGAUUGGAGAAUUUGGAGAUCCUCAGCUUUGCCCGCUCUCAAAUCAAUAAGUUGCCUAGAGAAAUAGGACAUCUUCAUAAGUUAAGGAUAUUGGAUGCAACAGAUUGUGAUGGACUUGAAGAAAUUCCUCACGGUGUCUUAUCCAACUUGAGGAGAUUAGAAGAGUUGUACAUGGCAGAAAGCUUUCUCAAUUGGGGGCCAACAAUGGGAAACAAGGAUGAAACGAGCAUGGCAAGCCUCGAUGAGGUGACGUCUCUAUCUGUUCAUUUAAAAGUCUUAGCCAUAAAUAUACCUGAUGGUCAGAUGUUGCAGAAUGGGUUUCUCUUAAAGAACCAGCAUAUAAGAUUUCAUGUAUCUAUCAAUGCUAGACGAAAACGGUCACAAGAAAAUUGGACAAUGGAGCUCUAUGACAGAAUGCCUGGUUAUCUAUUUGAAAAUAGUUUGAUGCUUUAUGGUGACGUAACAGAAUAUAUGGAGAUUGGACCAGUUAGAUACCUUUUGAAGCAAUCUGAAGACUUAAGCCUACACAGCACAUGCAAUUUAAAGUAUGUCAUCGAGGAGUUAGAUGAUCAAGGAGGCUUUCAACACUUGCAAGUUUUAUCAAUAUGCUAUGACAACGACAUAGAGUAUCUUAUGAAUGGAACAGAUUGGACUCGUCGUCAUCAACCUGCCUUCCCCAUCUUAAAGUCAGCCACCUUCUCGAGAGUAGACAAACUAAAAGUUGUAUGUCAUGGCAAACUUCCAGACAAGUACUCCUUUAUGAACCUAAGAUCCAUUGAAAUUGGCUAUUGUCAUGAGUUAAAAUAUGUCUUUUCACUAUCCGUAGCACAAAACUUGGUACAACUCCAAAGCUUAAGUGUUGAUUGCUGUUUGAAAGUGGAAGAGAUCAUAUCAAAGGAGAGAAUGGAAGAUGAUAAUGCAUCUCACAUCAUAACUUUGCCAGCAUUAAUGGUUUUGAAGAUUAGAAAUUCACCGAAGCUCCUUGGUUUCUACACAGGCAACCAACGCAACUCCACCUCUGAGGUCAUAAAGCCAAAUGAUGAAAGUGUGAACGCCUCUCAUUUGGACAAGAUGAAAGAGACUAAGAAUGACCAACAACAUGAUCAAGUGGCUGGGCCUUCAUCCAAAUCAAAAGUAGCACAAGUGGGAGCAAGUUGUACUGCACUAUUUCCUUCAAAUUGCAUUUCAUGGUUAACAAAUCUAGAGGAACUUGUUUUGGGGUAUUUGACAAGCAAGCAAGAAUUAGAAGAAAACAGUGAAUCAAAGGACUCUUUGACAAGCGAGAACGGGUCAGAAGAACUA